AUGAAACCGAAUAACAACUUUUACAUCUCCCAAAACAGUUCGUACAGAAAUAACGCAAAUAAUAAUAAUAAUAAUAAAGAAUGUAAUGUAGAUACUGUAAAUAAUGAAAAUAAUGAAAAUGUAUCAAACAAUCCAUUUAUAAAUAAUCUUAGUACUCUUAAUAGGAGCUUGCAAAAGAGGGGUGUAAGCCCAUCAAAUACUACUGCAUCACAUCCAAACAACGGCAGCAGUUUUAAAAAUAAUAACAAUAACAUCCUUAAGAGUAUGUCAAAAUCCUCUCCGAUUAGCUAUUCAGUGAACAACAACUUUAAUUUUCAUAAUAGUAUUAAUAACAAUAGUAAUAGUUAUAAUGACAACAGUAAUAAUAAUAUUAGUAAUAAUAAUAUUAGUAAUAAUAAUAAUAAUAGACAUAGUCAUAAUAAUGAACAUAUAACUUAUACUUACAACAAUAUAAAGAAAAAUGCUUAUAACAGUAAUAAUAAUAAUACUAAAAACCCAAGCAUAAUAAAUAACUUGAAAAUUGGUGGUAUGGGUCAAAAAACAAAUGAAAGCGCAGUUUAUAUUUUAAAUAACAGUAUGAAUAAUAAAUCAGUAAAUGUUAUGAACUACAAUAAAUUCUCUAACAAUAUGAAAGGAUCUAUUAUUGAUCAAGGUAUGAAUAUUCCUCAAACGAAUUAUCGAAACUUUGUGCUAAAUAAUAAUGAUACUACUUCUAAGUUCUAUAAUUCUUCUGACAUUAAUAAAAACUUAAAUAACACUAGCAGCUUAAGUAAUAGGAGUACUGGAAACAAUUUAAUUAGAGGUAAGACAGUUGACGUAAUUAAUAGAGGAAAUGGUACAAACGAUUUAAAUAGCUUAGCUGGUGUGAAUAACAUCAACGAUGCUAUUGACAUGAAGAACAUGAUUAACGUGAAUAGUGCGAUUAACGUGAAUAGUGCGAUUAGCAUGAAUAAUACGAAUAAUGCUGUUAAUACAUUUAGCACGAACAAAAUGUUUAGCAGUAAGAAUUUCCAUAAUUCAAACAUCAGUAAUAGGAAUAAUAUUUUUAAUGCAAUUGUAAGCAAACCAAACGCAAUUAAUAGUGCAAAUGCAAAUUCCAUUGCGAUGAACGGAAAAAUGAGCAAUGUAAAUAACAAUCUUAGUAAUGUAAAAAGCAACAUGAACAACUUAAAUAGGAAUAUGGCCCAUUUAAGUAACAACAACCUAAGUAUGAACAUGGGGAAAAUUAACACUUUCCCUAACUUUCAGAAUACGAACAAUAACAACAGUAAUAGCUAUAAUAGUAACAGUAACAUUAAUAAUCCAGAUUCCAUGAGUAACAGAAUAAGCAACUUAAAUAACAUGAAUUAUACUACGAGUAAUAUAAAGAGUAAUAUUAAGAAUAUAGGUACUAAUGUUGGAAGUAAUGGGAAGAGCUUAAGCUCCAGUAUAAGCAAUCACUCAGACGUACAUAACAAGACGGAUGAUAAAGUUCCAUGUAUGAAGAAUAAUACGGAUAGUAUAGAUAAAUUAAAUUUCAGUUAUAGUAAGAAUAGUAUAAACAAUUCCUUUUAUAAUAUGAAAACAUAUAGUAAGAACAAGAUUAACAUAAACAAUUUAAAGGAUAAAAAAAAUAAAAUUAGUAAUAAUAAUGGAGAUGCUUCUAUAAUGAAUAACAACAUAAGCAGUAAUUUAAGCUACAAUAUUUGUUUAAAUAUGUCGUUAAAUGAUAAAAAAAAACUCCAAGUUGAGAAUAUAAAAAAUAAUUCAAAUAAGGACCCAUAUAAUAUUGAUAAUUCUCAAAUAAGCUAUUAUAAUAAUUUAAAUUCUCUUCAUCAAAAGAAUAAUUACAAUUCGAAUAGCAGUAAGUAUAUUGGAGGUACUAUCCGGAACAAUAACGACGUACCACCUAUGUAUAAGAUAAAUAAUACGUAUCAAACGAAUGCAAAUUUUUUGGUUAUUGACCAUGGUGCAAAUGUGUUAAAUAAUAAUACUAAUUAUUUAAAUAGUUCAAAUGUACAGGGAAUUAACCCAAAAAUGUACUCAUCUGCCCUUUCUCAAAAUGUAGAUAUAAUAAACAAAAGUAAAGAAGACGUGAACAAGAGCGUUUCCACUUAUGAUAUAAACAAUAUACAAAGUGCAUCUUACGUUAAUAAUAUAAACAACCCGACAAAUGUUAUGAACUUAAUUAUUAAUAAUAAUUCUAUGAGUAUGGAGAGUACAAAAAAGAGGAAAAAGAAAGACAAAGAAAAACUUCUUUCUGCUUUGGGUGCUGAAAAGAAAAAUAAAACUAUUCCAAAUAAUAACGAACAGAUGGUUAUAACGAAUAAGGGUGCUGAACAUAUGCUCAACAGCAUGAAUGGUUACUUUAAUAAUUCUAUUUCAAAUUCGACGGGCUCACUAGGACUUCAUAACGACCCAUCGAGUAGAAAUAAUAUUAAUAAUAGCAAUUACAGUAAUAAUAAUAUUAUUAAUAUUAAUCACAGCAAUAAUAAUGUUAUUAAUAGUAAUAACAAUAAUAUCAAUAAUAAUAAUAAUAAUAUUAAUAGUUAUAGUUAUAGUAAUGGUUCUAUUGAUAAUAGUUAUAAUAAUUACUAUGGCGGAGAUAAGCUAAAACCAAAUAAUGAAGAUCCGAGGUGUGCAGAAAGUAAAAUGGGGAACAAAUUAAUGGAAAACAAAAUGAACAAUUACUCUUCUAUAAAGCAGUAUGAAAAUAUGUACGGUAUUAAUGAACAGGUAUUUCCUCAAAAGCAAAACAUAUUACUUAACAAUUUGUCAGGAGUGAAUAGAAAUAUGAACAAUGGUAUGAUAAAUAAUAACAUAGUCAAUGAUACCUAUUUUAAUAAUUUUUAUAAUAGUUCUUCAUUAAAUGGAAAUUAUAAUAAUUUAAGUAAAGAAAAAAAUAUGGAUGUUUCUAAUGCAAAAAAUAUGUUGGGUGAAAAUGAAACUGUAAAUAGGAUGAACCGAGUUAAUUAUGUCGAUGCCCAUGCAGUAAAUAAUGCUGGAAAUUUAAAGGACUUGAAAAGUUUAAAUGAUUCAUACACUUUAAACCACUCUAGUAAUAUUAAUAACUUGAACUAUAAUAUAAGUACACACAGCAACAAUGUGAAUGUUAACGAUCUUGUUAAUAACAAAUUUAAAGAAAAUACCUUCAAUCGACAUAAUGGAGUAGAGGGAGAUGGUAAUAACAUGCAGAUAAAUUCAUAUAAUUAUAUGGAUACUGAUACAAAUAUAAAGAUGAAUGAAAGAUUAAUGAAUGUAGAUAAUAACAUCCUGAAUAAUGAAAUAGUAAAAAAAGAAGAUACUUUGUUAAUAAAAAAUGACAAAAUUAAAGUGGAUUCACAAUUUGUGUGGUUAUUUUUAAAUAAAGAAUUUAAUGAAAAUAAGAAAAAGUAUGCUGCAUUCAUACCCUACUUAAAAAAUUAUUACCCAAAUAAUUUAACUAAUUUAAUACAUCAGUUAGAAAAAUGUUCACUGUUAAGUUUUAGUUAUAUUAUAAGUGCAUCCUACGAUUUACAGAUGAAGUUUAGUAAUAAUUACAAAGCAGGAAUAAUAAAUUUAGAAAAUAUCACCCCUGGUGCUUCUCUCAAUAAUACAGUUACUACGAGUAUUAUCAGUAAUAAUAAUAAUACUGCUACUAUUACAACUAAUUAUGAUACUGCUGCUGCUACUACCACUACUGCUAUUACUACUAAUAAUAAUAAUAGUACUGCUACUACUGCUAUUAUAGAUAAUAAUAGUAAUAAUAAUGCUACUACUACUAUUACAGAUAAUAAUAGUAAUAAUAAUGCUACUACUACUAUUACAGAUAAUAAUAGUAAUAAUAAUGCUACUACUACUAUUACAAAUAAUAAUAAUAAUAGUUAUAAUAAUAAUAGUUAUAAUAAUAAUAAUAAUAAUAAUAAUGUUAAGAUAUCCAUCAUGAAUGGUACCUGCCAUGAUAACCUUAUUAACAACAAAUUAAUUAAUAACAUAAACAGCAAUUUCAACGACCUUAUUAUGAAUAUGAACAUAGAUAGUAACCCUAUACCCAACAAUGCCAAUGCAGGACUUUUAAGCUCCCCCAAAGUCAGGAGGAAAAAAAAAAGUGUAAACAGUGUUGGGGAAAAUAUCAGAGGUCAUAUCAGUGGUAUUGUCAGAAACAACAUCAAUAACAAUAACAGUGGAGAAGCAAAAAAAGUCAGAAAAUCUAGAAUAAGCAAAAAGGAAUCAACUAAGAGCAAUACAUCCAAAAUUUUUAUGAACGAGCAAGGUAAAUUGAUUCCCCUUAACAACAAUGUACAGAGUAACCUAACCGUGAGUGGCAUUUAUAUUAAUGCGAAAGAUAGGUUUACAAGUGAAAAUAAUGACUGUAUGCUAAACUUGUCUACGAACAUUAAUAUGAACAGUGUAGAAUAUAGCAGUAAUAAUAACAUAAAUAUGACGAAGGAAAAUACAGCUUUUAAUGAUAAGGACAUAACUUUAAGUGGCAUGUACAGUUUAAACGAAGAAAACAGAUACAUGUAUGAUGGACAGCAUUUGGAAAACGAUCACAAUAAAAAUAGAAAUAAAUUUAACAAAAGUAAUUUUCAAAAAAAUGAAAUACUUAAUGAAAAAGGAAGUACCAAUAUGCUUAAUAUUAUAACUUGUUCAGAAAAUAUGGAAAGAGGUGAAAAGGAUUUGAAUAAUCGUUUAAACAAAAAUGGCAAAGUAAAAAAAUAUAGGAGAAGAAAAAAUAAUAAUUUAGAAUUAACAAAUCAGACAAAAUUAUCACCAUCUUUUUGUAACAAUGUUGAUGUGGAUGGUAGUCAGAGGAAUGUUGAUUUGUUAAAUAUGGAGGCGGCAAACGUAAAUAUUGAAAUUGAUCAAAUGAUAAUGAAUAAGGAAAGUACAAAAUUUUAUGAGGGAAGAGGUGAGGGACACUCUUAUAAUAAUAGCAUGAAUAUGAUGCUGGAUAAUAUAUCUUCUGAGGGAAAAAUAAAUGUAAAUGUAAAAGGAGAACAGAUCAAUUUCAACAGUAUGGAUGAUACGUAUAUGGGUGAUCAUGAAGACCUUUCUACAAAGUAUUUGUUAAAUUUCCUAGUAGAAGAUUACAAAAAGGAGAGCAACAGUGACAAUAAUAAUGUUAAUAAUAAUAAUGUUAAAAGUUUUAAUGAUAAGAGUUGUAAUGAUGAUAAUAAUGUUGUUACCAAUGAAUCAAGAAGGAAAAACGCUAGGAAGGAAAUGAUAAAAAAAGAAAAAGGAGCACGAAGAAAUAAAGGUAAAAUUAAAACCAAAGAAAUGCAAAUGACGCAGAUGCUUCAAUAUUAUGAAAGUAAAGAUGCCACUAGCAUUAACGAUUUAUAUAAUAAUGAAGAAAAUAAUUCAUAUAUAAAAAAAAAUAAAAAUAUGAAGAAGUUAUGUUUCCCGCAAAGUAAUUUCACACCUAAUAUGAAAGGUUCUCGUAGUCUUAUUAAAAGUUUAAGUAGAAAUAUUAGAAUAAAUACUAUUAACACAUUUAGAAAGAAGUAUAAAAAGUUUAGUUUUUGUUUAAAUAGAGUUUUCAAGAAAAAAAAUAUAAAUGAUAUUAUUGCUUUAAACGAGAAUAUCAAUAAUAACAAAGAUAUGCUAUCUUUAUUUAAAAAAAAAGACAUACACAAUUUGAGAAGGAAAAAUCUGGCCUUCUUUAUGGGAAAAUUACAACUUCAAAAAAUUGAUAUGUUAAUUAUAAAAAGAAUACAUAUAUGUUUAGACAAAAUAAAAAGUACAUUAGGAUUUACUUGUAUAAUAAAUAAUGUGGAAAAAGUAGUAGAUAUAUUAAAAAACGCAUUUAAAGAUAGACUUCAUUUAAUAUGGCCUUUAAUAGAAUUUUCCAACAAUUACAGGCUAGAUCAGUACUUUCAUUUAUUGGGAAAAAAUAGAAAUAACGCAAAUUCGAGAUUUAAGAACUCGAGGCUAUUUAAUAUAAACUCCUUGAUAAUGUACUUUAAUCAGAGAACUUUAGAUGAUAAAUUAGUUGAACAUUUGAAAAAUCAAAUGAAACCAAAAAAGAGGAGAAGAAAAAACAAAAACAAAAACAAAGAACCCUAUUUAGAUGAGAAAUCUUUAGAUCAAUUUUUUAAAACAAUGAUCAAUAUACCGUUAAAUAACAUCACAACCGAUAGCCUGCUCGAUUUAGACACAGCGGAAACCAAGGCAAAUGAAUUCGCAUUCGUUGGGUAUAAUCAAAAAAGACUCUUAACGCAGAUUACGCCUUAUGAUUACAGAAACAUUCUGAACUCUGAUUUUUGUAAUAAGUUAUUUACGAUUAAGUGGAGGGAACAACAAACUUCGUUUAUUAACCAUUUACAUUUUGACAUGGUCCCAGAUACUGAUGAAAUGAAAAAGCAUUUCGAAAAUGUUUAUAGCAGAUACAUGGGAUAUGAUCAGAGAAAGAUGGUAAUAAAAUUGGAUAAUAAAUUGAAAGCCCUUAAAUUAAAAAAUAAAAAUGAAAUAAAUAAGAGUAUAAAAGUAGAAGGAAAACAUAAAACAACAAGAAGAAAAAAAAAGACAGAAAGAAAUAAUGAAACUCUGGAUAAGGAACUAAAAAUUAAAAAACCGAGAAGGAAAUAUGAAAGAAUAAAACCAAAAAAAAAUAAAAACACAAAUGGAAAUAUAGAUGAUAUACAUGAAAAUAUAAAGGAUAAGGGUAAUAUGGAGACAGGUCAAAAUAUAGAAGCAAACGGAAAUGUAGAGAAUAAUGAGAUUAUUAAGGAAAACAUGGUUAUUAAAAAAAAAGGAAGGAAAUCAGGAGAACGAGCAAAUAAAAAUAAAAAUAAAAAAGAUAAAGACAAUUUGGAAAAUGAUAAUUUAACUAUACUUAAAGGAAAUCCUGAUACUGUAUUUCAGGCUUCCUUAGAUUUUAUGAACCCCAGUAUGUUUACUUAA